ACGGGGAUCGUCGUGAGGCUGCAACACGCGGUGACUCCAGGCACGGUGGCACAAGCAAAUGGCGCGUGCGGUUUCGCGUAGUGCUGAUCUUGAAGGGGCCCUUGGGGAGUAUAAAAGGCCUCCUCAACCGGCGCUGGAAUUCUGUGGCGUGGGUUUUGUUUCGUUUCUGGUGCUCAUACAAGCAAUCAACACUACACAACACCUUUUUAUCCCACUCAUCACCAUCUUCAACCACGAACAACAACUCGACAUAAAAACAAGAAACAAAAGAAAAACAUGGCCCCUUCGACAGAGAACCAGAAACAUCACACCAGCCCGGCGGCUAUCCCGCCGGAGCUGUCAGACCUGCACUGCUACACCGAGACCGACGGCGUCAUCACGACGACCAUGUUCGACCUGCCGGGUUACAGGGUCGUCAAGGUCCUGGGCACUGUGUACGGCCUGACUGUGCGCUCGCGCAACUGGGCGGCUGGCUUGGGCAUGGUGGUCAAGAGCGUCGUUGGCGGAGAGCUGCGGUGGUAUACCAACCUGCUCUACUCUGCCCGCAACGACGCAAUAUCCCGCGUCGUCGAGGAGACCAAGGCCCGGGGUGGCAACGCCGUGAUAUGCCUGCGCUUCGAGUCGGGCGACAUGGGCGGAUUCGCGCAGUCGUGCGCGUACGGGACCGCGGCCGUCGUGGAGAAGGUCGAUGACCAGGUCCAGACGCCUACGCAGCUCGUCGGCAGUACUUGAGGAGGGUGGAAGAGCAGUCGAAGAAUGGUUUGAAGAGGAACUGGAGGAGAGAGGGGGAAAGAGAGGGAAAGAGAGAGAAGGGACUGAGGCUUGUACUUGGCGUGGAGGAAAUGCAGGUCGCUAGGUCGGCAAUGCGAUGCUUGGAACGGUUGCGGCGGGUUGAGAGAGAAAAAGUCGGAUCAUCACGGGGGCGUGAACGGUCGGGUCAAAUCCGUCUUUGGUGCCGAGCUUUGUGGAAUGGAUGGCAAAGCUUGUUGAUGGCGUAUUGGAGGGGUCUCCGUGUUCGCCAUGGUUUAUCGUAAUUCCUAGAGUGUUCUCAAAUUUCCGGCCGACUUCAUGCAACAGCCGUGGGCACUGUGCUAUGAAAGGUCAGCCGUAUUCUUGCAAGCUGCGGUUCUUGCGGAAUCAUAAGUCACAAACAUCACAGACUUGGAGAAUCUUGACGAUGGCUGGUC